GUCGUGAGGUUGAUGCCGGAGCGCGUCGCUCAUAGCACCGUGCGCAGCUGCAGCGUCAUUGUGUUUGAAUGAAGUUGCAACUAAACAUAACAUAGCCAACUCUGAUCGCGCCCCGGAGGAGUCAGAAAAAGAAACGCCGUCAAGGAAACCACGCGUUACAAUAUGCCAGUUUACACAGUCAAUGUCAAAUGGGGGAAGGAGAAGUUUGACGCUAUCGAGCUGAAUACAGAGGAGCCACCCAUGGUUUUCAAGGCUCAGCUCUUUGCCCUGUCAGGAGUUCAGCCAGAAAGACAGAAAGUCAUGGUGAAGGGAGGCACUCUGAAGGACGACGAGUGGGGAAACAUCAAACUCAAGAAUGGAAUGACCCUAUUGAUGAUGGGCUCUGCAGAAGCCCUGCCUGAGGAGCCUGCUGUCAGGCCCAUGUUUGUGGAGGACAUGACUGAGGAGCAGCUGGCCUCAGCUAUGGAGCUUCCUUGUGGGCUAACAAAUUUGGGCAACACCUGCUACAUGAACGCCACCGUGCAGUGCCUGCGCUCUGUGCCAGAGCUCAAAUCUGCCCUCAAAAGGUAUGCCGGUGCUCUGAGGGGCUCAGGAGCCAACGCGUCCCAGUACAUCACAGCAGCCCUGCGUGACUUGUACGAGACCAUGGAGAAGACCUCCUCCAGCCUCCCGCCCAUCAUCCUGCUGCAGUUCCUCCACAUGGCCUUCCCCCAGUUUGCUGAGAAGGGAGACCAGGGUCAGUACCUUCAGCAAGAUGCCAAUGAGUGCUGGCUGCAGAUGGUGAGGGUCCUCCAGCAGAAACUGGAACCCCUGGAGCCAGAGACUCCCAUGGAGACUGAAGCUGAGGGUGGAGCUGUCGCGUCCACCACCAAGAAGAACUUCAUCGACCAGUAUUUCGGUGUGGAAUUUGAAACCACUAUGAAAUGCACAGAGGCUGAGGACGAGGAGGCCACCAAGGGCAAGGAGAGCCAGCUGCAGCUGAGCUGCUUCAUCAACCAGGAGGUCAAGUACCUCGCCACGGGCCUCCGACUGAGACUCCAAGAAGAAAUCACAAAGAUGUCCCCGUCUUUGGAAAGAAAUGCCCUUUACAUUAAAUCGUCCAAACUGGGCCGUCUCCCUGCCUACCUGACCAUUCAGAUGGUCCGCUUUUUCUACAAAGAAAAGGAGUCUGUCAAUGCCAAAGUCCUUAAGGAUGUCAAGUUCCCCCUAAUGCUGGACGUGUAUGAGCUGUGCACAUCAGAGGUCCAGAAGAAAAUGGAGCCUAUGAGGUCAAAGUUCAAGGUGGUGGAUGACAAGAAGCUAGAGAUGGCACAGAAGAAGGUAGUGACGAAAACUGCUGUUGUGAAAGAAACCAAAUACGAGGACGUCUCCUUCCCUGAUGACCUGGGCUCCAACAACAGCGGCUACUACGACCUGCAGGCCGUGCUGACGCACCAGGGCCGCUCCAGCUCCUCCGGCCACUACGUGGGCUGGGUCAAGAGGAAAGAAGAUGAGUGGGUGAAGUUUGAUGACGACAAGGUGAGCGUGGUGUCUCCGGAGGAUAUUCUGCGGCUGUCCGGCGGGGGCGACUGGCACAUAGCGUAUGUGCUGCUGUACGGACCCCGGAAGCUGGAAAUACUGGAAGAGGACGAUUAACGUGGAGGAAACUGCAGAAGAGGACAAACCGAUAGGACAACAUCCAACACUUACAAAAAUGCCAUUUUGAAGCACUGUCUGCAUAGAUGUGCAAUAAAUCCAGGUGUCUUUAAAAGUUGAUGACCUUAAAAAUGUUUUUGCUUAGUUUUUUUUGUAACCCUUACAGAAGCUUGUAAAACAAAACGUCAUCGAAUGGCAUUUCAAGUAUAUUAGUGGAGAAUGGUUUUAAAAAUGGACUCUUGCCUCUUUUCUUCAUUUGGAAAAUGUAUUCUAAGUGGAGACCAGACGCAACUACUUGGCUGUCCGUCAGAGACUUUAAGUCUAGCUGUGCAGUUUCAUUGUUUUUUACUUUCCAAAAGCCUUUGCCAAGGUGUUCAUGACAAACAAUAUUCCUGUCGUAACUAAUCAACUUGUACAGAAAUAUUGGGCCAUACCGGCCUACAUUACACCUAUGCUCUGACAUUUGGUUUCCUGUUCUACCACCUGCCAUGAGUAAGACGUAACCAAUGCUCUGUAAGUUAUUGACUGCUGACUUAUCAAAGACUGUUGAUUGUCCUUAAAUCAAGCGUGUGACCUGAAUGAUUACAAAUAAAAAUCUGUUUAUUA